GAGAAAAUAUAUGGGAUUUAUAUGAGAUUCAAACGGACGGGGAAUAUGUUUCCUCAGAAGAUAAUUUAUCGGACUUCUUAGAAAGUUCUGAUAGAGAAAAUAUAUGGGAUUUAUAUGAGAUUCAAACGGACGGGGAAUAUGUUUCCUCAGAAGAUAAUUUAUCGGACUUCUUAGAAAGUUCUGAUAGAGAAAAUAUAUGGGAUUUAUAUGAGAUUCAAACGGACGGGGAAUAUGUUUCCUCAGAAGACAAUUUAUCGAAUUUCUUAGAAAAUUAA